GACCGGGGUCUGCUCUCCGCAUUGGACAACGAGACGGUGCUCCAGUUGCUGGAAGGAAAAAAUAUCAAAGCCGGCCGCAGGAUGAGCAUAGGCACUGCCUUAGACGCUGGGAAGGAGGCUUUUGCAAACAAGGCCAUCCAGCAACUCGGGGAUGCCAUUGAACCGGUGCGAGCCCCGAGGACUCAUGCUUCCGCUUCGGUAGACCGGAGCCAUGGUUUCAUGGCUCAGCCGGAGUUCCCGGAGCCACCGCCGGAGCCCUCGUCUCCUAGGCUGCGCAGGGAUGCGAGCAGCUCCAAGCGACGCUUCUGCAACUACGGCGGAUAUGUGGGCGAGGAGUCCUUCAGGAAGAAGCGUUGCUACUUCUUCGACAGGGGCUGCUGCAUCUACGGCGACUCAUGCAGCUUCAAGCAUAGCUCGCAAAGCGAGGCCAAGGCCGAUUGCUGCAGCGCUGCAGCAGAUGCUGGCGGAUAUCACAAGAAAAAUCUGUGCUCGCUCUUCAUGUUGCCAGGCCUUGAGUGUCCGUUCACGAGUUCCUUCUGCUGGAAUGCGCACGGCCCAUCUGAGCUGCGACGACAACCACUCUGUCUGCCGCCGUUGGAGGGCAUCAAACAGGGGACGCGGCUUCGCUGCAUCAGCUCCGGUCUCAGCGCGGCAGAUGCUUCCGAGGUCUGGCGGUCCCUCUCCGAAUGGGUCAUCAUUGGCCAUGUCAAGGUGCAGGAUCUGGUUCUUGCGGAUGGCAUGCCUGCGCUUGUGGAUGGCUACAUGAUGGUGCCCAUACAGCCUGCAGGUGCAGUGGAGCUUCGGUACUUCAGCAGCGAGCCUGACGAGAAGGGCACGGCUCGAGACCUUCCGAUCACCGACGCACAUAUCCAUUUGGAGGAGGUGCUGCGAACGAGGAGAUUCGGCUUCGGAUGGUAUGCGAAAGCAUUGCGAUGCAGUUUCCUCCCGAACUGCAAGCAGACCCGCUGCCUCUUCGCACAUGAGAAUGAGAAGCUUCGCUCCUUCCCUGCGCUGCGUGCUGAAGACCUUGCAUCUCUCCGAGACGAAGUCGCGAAGCUGCCAGGUGCCAGGAUUGUCGGCAUCGUUCAAAGUUGCUGCAGCGCAGAGGUCAUUGAGGACACGCUGCAGCUUGUCAAGUGGGGCCGAGAGAUGAUGGAUGGACGGAUCUAUGCGACUUUCGGCAUCCAUCCGAAUGACUUCGAAGCAUACACAUCCCAGGUGCAAGCACGGCUCGAGGCGGCCCUCGACGCAUGCGGCACGCAGGGCGUCGGCUGGGGCGAGUGUGGGCUGGACUUCAACAAGAGGGCUGAUGAGUUGGAGGCGGCACCAGAGCUGCGGCAGCAGAUGCGGCAGGUUUUCAUCAAUCAGAUACACGUUGCGCUGAAGCGCGGGAUUCCCCUGGUGGUUCAUUCCAGGGAUGCAGAGGAGGAAGUGUUUCAUAUCCUGGAUGCAUAUGUGCCCCGUGAGCAUUACGUUCAGCUCCACUCCUUCAUGGGCUCCCCGUCCAUGCUUCUUUCCUUCCUUGCAGAGCGCCCCAACACUUAUGUCAGCGUGCCUGGCGCCUUGACGUGGGCUUGGUCCUGGAAGGAUGGAGGCCUUCGCGAACUGGCCAAAGUACUGCCGGUUGACCGCGUGCUCUUGGAGACCGACGGGCCGUACAUGGCGCCGGCUCCCUACCGUGGCCAAGACUCGCAUCCGGGUCACGUCCCCUGGGCCUGGGAUGGGGCUUGGGGCCGUGACUUUGCCCUGGUGGUGGCCAGCAGAAACUUCUGCCAGUUUUUCGGACUGGAGCAUGACAAGCAUGAGAGCGGAAAAACGGGCCAGCCGCGGGGAAAGGGAAGCAGUCUGAAUGGCCGCAAAGGUCUGAAGCCAGAGAGUCCAAAUCAGGACUCCUGGUUCUGCCUGAAGGUGGAGCAAUACUUCUCCUUGUAUGCUGUCUUUGAUGGCCACGGGUCUAAAGGACACAAGGUUUCGCAGUUUGUCAAAGACAACCUGCCAAAGCUGAUUCUGAUGGACGAGCGUUUCGGAAAGGGCUCAGCCGAAUUGCCAGACAUGCUCAAGGAGAACUUCCAGAAGACCCAAGACCUCAUCAUCGCCUCCGACAAGAUGGGCAAGCUGAAUGCCUCCCUGUCGGGCACCACGGCCACUCUAGUUGUGCACGAUCACGAAAGCAAAGAGAUCACCGUCGCCCAUGUCGCUGACAGCUCCUCCGUGUUGGGUCGGAGAAAGGGAACCGCGGACUUCGAGGCAGAGCAGCUCACCCGGGAUCACAAGCCCAACCUCAAGGACGAGAAGGCUCGCAUUGAGAAGGCAAGGGGCAUGGUGGUGUUCGACGGCUACGCCAAUCACCGGAUCUAUGCCAGGAAUGCUCGCCACCCGGGGCUGAAUAUGUCGCGCUGCCUUGGCGAUCUUCUGGGUCACCAGUCCUGCGGCAUCUCGGCCGUUCCCGAGGUCUCACAGCGGAAGCUGGAUCCUGAAGACGAGGUGCCAGCUGCGAUCUGUCAUGCUGGCCAGCUUUUCGAAGCCUUGACAACUGCCCCAGCGGGUGCUGACUGUGCACAGACUCGUUUGCUGGGAUCCGAGUAG